CUACUUAUUAAAAUAAAUUUAAUGGAUUUGUCUUCAAUUGUUUUUAGAUUCCUAAUUGCUGCCUAUCUGUAUGCUGUGGAACGAUUUGCAAUAAAGUCAAUAACACAUAAAUUUUUAAUCCGCGGUCACACGCAAAACGAAACAGAUGCUAUCCAUAGCAUAAUUGAAAAAAAAAUUAGAAGAUCAAAAAAGUCUGGACCCAUUUAUGUCCCAGACCAAUAUGUAUCGAUGAUCCGUGAUGCAAAAAAAAGGAAAUAAGAUUGAUGUUAAAGAAAUGGGAUUUGAAAGUUUCUAUGAUCUGAAAACAUUAAUUGACGACAUGGGCCUAAACAUUGCUAAAAAUGUUGAUGGUAAUGAAUUUAAAAUAAAUGAAGUUAAGAUUUUGGAGUUUCAGAAAGGAAGUGAAUUAAUUCGCUAUAAAACUAGCUAUGGGCAAGCUGAAUGGUCUUCUUUAAAUUUCAAAGCUAAAAGAAGACGAUCCGAUCUACAAGACAUUAAAAAUGUUACACUUAAAAAAGCUUACUCAAAGCCUUUGCAGUUAUCCGAAAAUAAAAAAGGGAUAUAAAAAGUUUAAUAGAG